AUGAGGUGGGGUUUGGACUUUAUUGGAGUGAUAAACCCUGCAUCCAGCGCUGGCCAUAAGUGGAUACUUAUAGCCACUGACUAUUUCACCAAGUGGACUGAAGCAGUGGCACUCAAAGAGGCAAAUGAGACUGCUGUCCUAAAUUUCUACGAAGAUCUGGUUGCCAGAUUUGGGGUACCGGAGUCCAUAAUUUCAGAUAAUGGGCUCGCUUUUGUUGGUCUUACAAUCUCUGAUUGGGCUGUCAAGAAAGGGAUCUACCUAAAUGCGUCUUCCAACUAUUAUCCGCAAGGCAAUGGCCAGGCAGAAUUGACUAAUAAAAAUCUGAUUAGGAUUAUUAAGAAGACCAUGGAAGGCAACCAACGGGUUUGGCAUACUCAAUUAAAAUCAGCCUUAUGGGCUGAUAGGAUCACCCCAAAAAGGUCCACAAGACAAUCACCUUUUAUGCUGGUCUACGGUAAGGAAGCAAGGCUUCCUAUUUCAUCCGAGCUUUCAGCACUAGACCUGGCAAAUCAGUUGGACUCACUGGAGGAGGGCCCCCUUACAGUGAGAUUAGCUCAAUUGUUUGAGCUAGAAGAGACUAGAAAGGACGCUUUGAAUAAGAUAGAGCAGCAUCAGGCUCAGAUGAAGCGAUCAUUUGACAGAAGAGCGUCUCCAAGAAGCUUCCAGGAAGGAGAUGUGGUGCUGAAAUGGGACACCCUCAAAAGCAAGCCUGGAAAGCAUUCCAAGUUCGAUGCAUUUUGGAGCGGGCCUUACAUUAUUUCUGAAUGUAAGCAGCACAACGCUUUCCAGCUCUCCAAGAUGGACGGUAAUGUGGAGCCAAUCCCGGUCAACGGGAUUCACCUCAAGCAUAAGUGCUGCUGCACAGUUGGUUAG